AUGGCUACUCCCUUCGCUUCAGAGUUGCUCCAGCGAGCCGAAGUCAUAUCCAAGAACCAUGAACCUCUACCGGACAUCAAAGAUCUGGGUCUAACGACGCCGGUGAAGAUGAUAUUCUGCUGCUUCGACAGACGCGUUAUACCCGAGGACUUCCUGGGUCUCAAGUAUGAGGAUCGCGUCCUUCUCGUGAGAACCGCAUCUGGUACGCCCGCGAGAAACAUCAUGGACAUUGUCGCGAUCGACAGACUCGUCGGCAUCAGCGAGCUCGUCAUCGUUAAGCAUACAGAUUGUGGCGCAUUGCACUUGACGGAAGAGGCUAUUCGCGAACAUAUGGUGAAACACAACCCAGAUCUUGCUGGGAAAGUCAACGAUGUCACAGUCGGAGCUACCACUGAUAUCGUUGAACGUACUCGACAAGACGUGGAUAUCAUCAAGUCUUCUCCGUUUCUCCGCAAAGAGUUGCGAGAUAAUGUCUCGGGACUGCUCUUUGAUAUCAAGACUGGGAAGGCCAAGAUCUGCCAUGAGCUUUGGAGUCUCAGAAGCUCGUUGCAGUUGUACGGAGCAAAUGUCAGCCUGACAGCCUUGUGGGACUACUAUCUCAAAAUAAGUACCCUCUCUUUACGUGAUGGUGGACGCCAUGUCGCUGUCAGGACGCACCGCGAUGUCGUUGAUGUAGCUUAUCUGCUAAAAGCGAUUGCAACUAGAUGGGAAGUGAAAGAGGCAUUGCGAACCAAGUUGAAGAAAGCCCAUGCUAAUGAAGACGAAUUAUUGGAACACACGAUUGACUUGGUUGAAAGCCUAGUGAUUAUGUGUGAUUGCGGUAUCUCCUCUCACGGCUUCUCUGGGAGCACCGAGAUAGAAUGGAAGCAUGGUUCUCUCAAAGAGUUCCUCGUGUUGCACUUUGGUGAUUAG